ACACUUGUUAAAUUGAAUCAAAUGACUAACCCAACAAGCAAAAAUUAUACACAAGUUGAUUGAGUACUAUAGCACACAAGCUAACUUCAAAACAUCUCUGCAAUUUGUCUUACUUUCUCGAAAAAUAACUUUUUUUUUCCAUGGAAUACCAAUUCUCUUUCUUCCCAGUCCUUUUGACCUUCUUCCUCUUUAUGUUUAUGGUAUUCAGAAUAUGGAAGAAAUCAAAAACCAGCCACUCAAUUCCAAAUCUUCCACCAGGUCCAAGGAAGCUACCUUUAAUAGGAAGCAUGCACCAUUUAGUUGGCUCUCUACCCCAUCGCCGCCUUAGAGACUUGGCCAACAAGUAUGGACCUCUUAUGCAUCUUCAGCUCGGUGAGCUUAGUAAUAUCGUCGUUUCUUCGCCGGAAAUGGCUAAACAAGUGAUGAAAACACAAGAUAUCAUCUUUGCUCAAAGGCCUAGUUUUCUUGCUGCAAGUUUUGUAAGUUAUAAUUAUAGAGACAUCGUGUUUGCGCCAUACGGUGACUAUUGGAGACAGAUGCGAAAAAUUUGCACGCUCGAGCUACUAACCGCAAAACGCGUGCAGUCGUUCAGAUCAAUCAGAGAAGAAGAAGUAUCCAAACUUAUAAGAUCAUUGUCUUCAGAUGCAACGGGAUCACCAAUCAACUUUAGCAAGAUGUUCAAUGCUGUGACCUACAGCAUCAUUUCAAGAGCAGCAUUUGGUAAGAUAUGGAAGGGAGAAGAAAUUUUCAUACCAACUGCAAAGCAAAUGUUAGAAGCAUGUGGAGGUUUUACUCUCGGCGAUGUGUAUCCUUCCAUCAAAUUCCUCCACUGGUUGAGCGGAACGGUGCCUAGGCUUACGAAAAUGCAUCAACAAAUGGAUAAAAUUUGCCAGAAUAUCAUUGAUGAUCACAGAGCUAAAAGGGAUGAAGCAAAAUCACAUGCUUAUGAUGAAGAAGAUUUUGCAGAUGUCCUUCUCAACUGUCAGGAGCAAGGAGACCUGGACAUCCCUAUAACAGACGACAAUAUAAAAGCAGUCCUUGUGGACACUUUUGUUGCUGGUAGUGAGACAUCAUCCACAACAGUAGAAUGGGUGAUGUCCGAGCUUCUAAAAAAUCCUAGAGUGAUGGAAAAGGCGCAACACGAGGUGAGAAGAGUCUUUGGAAGAGAAGGUAAAAUGGACGAAGCCCGUAUCCAGGAACUCAACUACCUGAAGUUGGUAAUCAAAGAAACACUAAGAUUACACCCUCCUCUUCCAUUAGUACUCCCAAGAGAAUGCAUGAAGAGCUGUGUGAUUAACGGUUACGACAUUCCGGUUAAAUCCAAAGUCAUUGUGAAUGUAUGGGCGAUUGCAAGAGAUCCCAAUUACUGGAAAGAAGCUGAGAGAUUCUAUCCAGAAAGAUUUGAGGAUUGCUCAAUCGAUUUCAAGGGAAAUGACUUUGAACUUCUUCCAUUUGGUGCUGGAAGAAGGAUUUGUCCAGGAAUGUUGUUUGGUAUGAGCAAUGUUGAGUUUCCACUUGCUCAGUUGCUUUACCAUUUUGAUUGGAAGUUACCUGAUGGAGUGAAACCGGAAACUCUCGACAUGGAUGAAGAUUUCGGAGCUGUAGUGAAGAGGAAAAACAAUCUCUGCUUAAUCCCUACGCCUUAUAUUCCUCCACUUGCCAAGUAAAAUCUCAAGGAAAUUAGUAAGAUUGGAGUUUUAGAUAUUCGGUCGAUUGAUAAGGCCACAUUUGUAUAAUUAUUUGUGUUCAUUUAUGUUACUAAGGCAUUGACCUUACUGUCUAAAUAGUGUUUGUCGGAAUGUGAUGAGCUUUUAAGGUUGA